CUGCUCGGAAGCUAUCAGUCGGAAGCUAACUUCAUCGUCGUGGCCGAAGAGCUACUCCUAUUUACAACAACAUAAUGGAGCCCAGAUGGUCGAAGAACGUUUGCAUGGGCGUUUUAUGGUCUGGGUGUUUGCUAAGCGUUAUAUUUGUCACAGGACCUGCAUGUGCAAUCACCAUAUACGCCGACUCUGAAGUGAUCGUGCAGAACGGCACAACGGCGGUCCUGCGAUGCACCUUUGACUCCAGUGAAGUGGUGACCAAAGCCACCAGUGUGAGCUGGACCUUCCAGUCCAAUCAGCCCGACAGUCAGUACUACUCAGCUCCAUACGUGAUUUUAUACUUUUCUGACGGAAAAGCAUAUCCAGGACAAGAAGAAUUCAAACACAGGGUUCAGUUUGUUGGAGACAUCAACAAGAAGGACGCCUCGAUACAGCUGAGUCCGGCUCAGUUCAGCGACAACGGGACCUUCUUCUGCGACGUGAAGAACCCGCCCGACGUGUCGGGAACUCAGGGCCGAACGGAGCUCAGGGUCGUUCAGAAAGCAGAGUCUCUCCCUCAGACCAACACUAAGAUUGUAAUCUUAGCAGUGUGUGGUGCUUUAAUUCUGCUCAUCGCCGUCGCUAUAGCUGCCUGCUUCGCCGUACGGGUGAUUCAAAACCGGCACGAUUACGAAGGAUGUACGUCCCUGGAAGGCGCGAGCUCUGAAGCUCCGCGGCCGCUAAAGAAGGCGGAGUCCAGCCGGGAGGGCACCAGGUCGACCAGCCCCUCGGGUCCGCUGCAGGUAGGAGCUCCAGGACGAAGAAAUCCACCGGGUGCCACUCUUUCAAAGGGCCCGGUGAUAUACGUCCAGUUGGAUCACUCAGGCAGUAAAAACUCGUUCCAUAAGAUGGAGCCCGUGGUCUACGCUGACAUCCGUAAAAACUGAAGAUGGGGACCAAAACAAAAAAACUAAAAGAAAAGAAAAGAAAAAAAAAAAACAAAAGAAAACAUAGUAAAGUAUGAGACCUCUCAUUUAGCUGCUCUUGGGAAGGGUGGGAAAGGUUUUAACAGGGACAGAACUGGUGCAGUUUCUCUCUCUACUCUCUUCUUUCUCCAUAUUUUGUCCUAUGAAAGCAUGUUAUAUGAUAAACUAAUGUAUUAGUUGUUGACUUAAAGAAAAAAAAAAGCUAUGAAAACACUCCAGUUGAUACUACAUCAUAUCAGCCUUUAAAAAUUUCUCCAACACAGGGAUCAAAGUAAAAAUAAUGCCUUCAUUGACAUCAUUCCAAGUGUAAAUUAUUUUAUUUUAACCCUUAAAUUGUUGUGCCCCCCCUUAACCACCUAGUCGCCUCAGACACGCCCAGCAUAUUACAGAUCUGCAGGCUGUUGCACCAAGUCAGCUAAAAUUUACUGACUUCCAUGUCUUAACAAGUGAAGGCUAAAGUCAUGCAGAGAUUUCUGUUUCAUCAAAUGAACAAUCAGUUUCAGUGAAAGAAAAUGGCAUUGCUUACUACAUAACUAAAACUCCUGAACAUGCUGUAUGGAAAAUCAGUUUGACUCUUAUUUAUCUCAAUUUCAUGGAGUACAAUAUUUUUGUUUCAUACAAAAUUAUAUGCAUUUUUUUAAGUUAAAGAGUUGUAUGUCGGCUGACAGAGUAGGGCUGAAUCCCAUUAAGUUUAACACUCAACCUCCAAUGAUAAAUGCGUAAAAUACACCCUAAGGAAACAGGAAACUCCUUGUGAUUUAUUACAAUUAAAUAAAAUAUGUUUUUACCUGAUUUCAGACACAGGAAAUCAUAUUUAGCUGCUUUUUGAUUUGUCGUUUUGAUCACGUCAUACCUGAUGUUUGGCAUUUAAGAUGUUCCAUACCAGCUAGAUGUCAGCUUGCUUACCUUGGAGACGUUUCAUACCCACUUCAACUACAAACUGAGUAUUUUAUACUGAUAAUUUACUGUAAGAACAUGUUUACCAAUAAAUCCGAGGUCACUCAGUCAGUCUCACCCAAAAUAGAUGAAAAUCUUCCACAAAAAAAAGUAUGGAUUGAAUUACAAGGUAGAUGUUUAGAUUAUUUCUGUAAUUCAUUAAAAUCUUUGUGCUGUAUUAACCCAUUAAAAGAGUGCCCCAGUUAUGUUUUACAUACUGUUUGAAUUACAUGCUGGGACAUCAGGGAGGUGAGGAUGAUGGGAUUCAGCCAAACGAGCUCAGAUUGUUUCCUAAAAGUCAGGUUCUGCUCCUCACUUAAGAUCCUGACAUCAUGGUGCUUUGAGUCGACAAUGUUUACCCUGAUGAAAUGCAGGCAAUGUCAAACUUAAAAAAAAACGCAAAAAAAAAGGCAAAGGUACAGAAGUUAAAGGUGCGCUGUAAAUACACAACACCAUCUGUGCUUUCUCUGGUGAUGAAAUGUGAGAGGAGUCUAAACUACAGAGAAAAAAUGUAGACUUUAGAAAGAUGAGAUGGUAAAAAUGAAGCUACUUUUCAAUUAUUUUAUGUCAGUUUUCUUUAUCUGACGGUGGCUUAGCGUUUUUUUCCAUACCUGAUAGUCCAGUAGACUCAGUUCAGUUAGGAACCAAAAUUGCAGCUUUUGCUAUAUUUUCAGCUGCUGCAGUUCUCUUUAACAACAAUGCACUGUCUCAAAUAAACCAGUUUUUGAAAAACCUGUUUCCCUCCUCGCCUGUGGUGGCGCUGCACCAAGAACCAUUGAAGGAAAUGUCACAAAAACCUCUGAAGAAGACACUAAAAACAACUUCCUUCUUAACAAAAUGUAAACAAAAAUGUAGUCUCUUAUGGCUUUGCUUGCUACCGUUAGACUUGUGCAAUUUAAUUUGGUUUUAUUUACCCAGAAUGCCCUGUGCUGUAGUCCGCUUCCUGCUUCUGGAGCAGUCUUUGGUCCAAUUUGCAUUCACAUAAACAUCCAGACCGCUUCAGAGGUUGAUUAACUCCUCCCAAAACGAAUCAAACUUUCUAGACGAACCGACUGCAGUUUUGUUAAAGCAGACUAAACAGGGCUGAAGUGAAUGUAGUCGUUAGGUAGAGCAUUUCUAUCUGUGUACCUUACAAACAGAACCAAACGGUGCAAGAAAAAGAUCCGUCCAAACAUAUGGCCACUUGCACUAAAUUAAGUUUUUAUGUUUUUAUCCAAAAGGUUAACACAUCUGCAAAAAUUUAAACACUAUGAAUACUAUUUUAAACACUUAGCAACAGUUCAUAAGAUGUGAUAGCUAAAAACAAAAACAUAUUUUUAAGCAUUUGGCUGCACAGGAUAAUUUUGAGCUUCAGUAGGGACUCGAAAUUUAGUCAAACUUGAAGCAAAAUACCUCUGUUGUUUGUAGUUGUUAUUUUGUGCUCAAUGACAUUUGGAUGACAAUUUUGAUUCAGUCUAGUGAAAGUACAGCUUGGUAAAAUAAAUCUAAAGUAGCCUUUCGGGUGCAACAGUCUGCAGAAGCCACAGUUGAUCUCCAUCAUGGGCAUCUCCAUUGUGAUCUUGUGUUGUAGAGGCGUAUAGUAAUGUAAAGUUAGAUAUUGGCCCACAGGAACAUUGCAUGCAGUUCUAGUAACAUCUACGAAGUGUAGUGAAGUAGGUAGUGCUCACUCAGCUAGUUUUUGCGCAGAAGAAGCCGCCUGACGUCGUGUUACUGUGAAUGCUUCAGCUUUCUGUGAAGUUCUGGCAUGUUGUCGUGGUACCUGUUGAAAAAAAUAAUACGUAAACUCCCCUUUUGGAUUUUUAUCUCAGCAGCUUAAAGAAAAUCAAGAAUUUUGGGUUUAAUUUAAUUUGAAUUAUUGGGGGAGUUUUGGUUAUUCAGCGUCAUGUUAAAUUAUUUGCUUUUUAAAUGAACUAGGCAUGUUAAUAAAUGUUGCGCCGAGGUGACUUUUUCUCUUUUUAUAAAAACAGGGAGAUGUCAUUUUGCAUAACAAAACAACUUCUAAAUACACGGUUUGCAUGCAAUUUACUAACAACAAGCAUUCUUUUUUCCCAAAUGUCUUUUUUUUUGUUUUUUUUGUCUGUAUCAUGUUUUUCCUCAUUAACGGGCCAAAUAUGAACGGUUUUAUUUUACAGAUAGUGUUGAGCUUUAAAUGCAUUCCAAAUUAUUUUUAUUUCCUGUUGUCUUAAAGCAUUUUAAAGCCAAAUUUGCUUUAACUAUGUUGACUUUUUGUUGUGCAACCAGUCUGCAAGCCAUCAGCUCAUGAUCUCGAAUGCAGUAAGUUCCCAUAAGUGUGUUUGUUUUCUUAACAGUUGAAAAUGUCGUGCCGUUUACUGUAAGUCAUUCCAGUGUGGUGUGCCUGUGGGUGUCUUUCCAGAGGAAGGACGAUGGUUUGCUGAAGAGGUCCAGAAAGAUGCUGAUUUCUUUGUUGUUUUCGCUUAAAGUCUUAAUUCUUUGUAACCAGACACUAAAACGUACACAGUGCCUGCAUAAAGUAUUGGUGUGAAUGGUUCACAAUGGUCAGAAUUAAAGAUUUCUUCGUUUAGUAAACAUUUUAGUCCUCUAACCAGAAUAGCAUAUCAGCAGCAUUAAUAAGAACAGUCCAACUACGUGCUUUAUAUUAACCAAUACAGGCUCAUCUAAAUGAUGGAAACAACAUUUUCUACCUCAACAAAAAGCAGUCAAAUGGAAAAAAAAAACUUUAAAAACUCCUAGCAAGAACACUCCUGUCCACACAAGCAGACUUUAAAAUUAAACCUCAAACUUUCCUCUGUCCAACAGCAUUAAUACUCACUGAACCACGAGUUGAAGAAAAGGAAAAUAAUGCUUAUUUCACAAAGCCAAAAACAUAAAUAGCGUCUUACCUUUGCUGUUUUAUGGUAAUAAUUUAUGGUGGAGUAAAUAUUUCCACUCGGCUCCUGUAAUUUUUUUAUUUCUGUGUGAUUUCUGACUGGUUUCACCUUUUUCAGUGGCAGAUGCACCUCUCUCACUUUGACGGGUGAAUGACGUGAAUAAUUGACGGUUCAAUGGAUGUGCCAAUCAUCCAAAUCACCCAGUCUGCUCCAGAAAUUUCCCUCCGUAGUUUACAAUGUCUGACCGGAGUACUGAAUGCUUUGACCCGCUGAGCUCAGAAUACUUGUAGAAGUAUUAUUUUACUAUUGGUUUCAUUGCAGUUAUUAGAGAGAAUGACAAACCAUGAUGAUAUAUAAGUGGUGUGGAGAUAACCUGAGAGAUUUCAAAUGGCACAGGCGGUGCUAAAUUGUUCCAAAAUUGCUCAUUUGGAAAGUUCACCUUGAGUUUUAUCAACUAAUAUGUCCCCAAAAUUUCUAAGCUUAGCUGUUUUUAUUUACUGGAGUUUGGUGCAUUAAGUGGUCAGGUUGUAUACUGUGGUUUUCUAAAUGUUUUGGAUUGCAACUGCAUACUUUGAACAGGAUAUUAUCAUCACAAAGUACUUUUUUUUGUGGCAAAAUUACCGCUGUGUGCCAUACUCAUUUACUUUUAUUCAGUAAUAUGAGUGUAGAUUUUUAGACCCCUUUCUCUGGAGUCUUACUUUUGAUACCAAAACAAUUCAAAUUAACCUUACGUGCCAGAGAUAUAAUACAAUUUAUUUUGGGCCAUGCACUCCAGGGAAAUUUAACAAAAAUAGAUCAGACCUUUAGCAGUGAAAGAUGUAUUAGGUGAAAACGGAGAAAAAAACUAUGUUUUACGUUAAAAAAAAAAAAAA